GUUUCACACAAGCACUGUGCCAUCAUCUAUGUCAAAGUUAUCAGAGGCAGGAAAAUUACCAAAGGAUGGGCCAAGGACCUUGGUGAGUAAAACACCAACGAUAGAAAUAAAUGCCUGACAAAGCAAAGCUUUAGUUUUAUGUUAAUAGAAAGUCUGAGCACUAAUAAAUGUAUCCGAAGUAGCUGGGAUCUUUUAGGGUAGCUGGGAUCUUUUAGGGUAACCGUUUGGGGCCACCUACUGCUAAAGCUGGUAUCUAUUAGUAAUUAGGGUAAAUGUUUGGGCCCACCUAUCUGCUAAAUCUGGUAUCUAUUAGUAAUUGGGGUAACUGUUUAGUGCUACAUAUCUGUUAAAUCUAGUAUGUAUUAGUAAUUAGGGUAACUGUUUGGUGCUACCUGUCUGCUAAGAGCCCUUGCCUACCGGUAACCAUUUUUCUGUAAAUUGAGAUUAGAUUUGAACCCCGAUAUCACGCGUUGCGCUUAAUCGGCUAUACAGCUUUCAGGGCAUGCCUCCAGAGAUUUCGUGUAUUCAUUCUCACGUCAAUUUUUUUUCUCAAAGAAAAUUUGAAAAGAAUAGUAGGCUUAUACCGAAAUAAUAUAUUCUUAUACAGCAUGCACUAUCACAAAGUCACUAAAAUCUGGGCCAACUUUAACUGUACAUAUUUGACUAACCACUUGAGAUAAAAUGUCCCGCUUUUGAAAGAAGCGAAAAAAUCUUACUGCUUUUAAAAAUCCACGACCCUGUUGUCACGGAAUAUUGCGACGGCAAGUUAUGAGCACGAUCCGAUGGUAUGGACCCCAGUUAGAGCGUUUCAGUGAGGUUUCACGUUUUUUACCAAACCAGGGGCUAGACUCAAAUGUGUUACGUUUCUAGUGUGUCAUUUCGAGUCGCUCAACAUGUUCGACAGCAAAAAUUUUGAAAGCUGUGCAUUAGGUCAGGCCCUCACAACAUAUGGCCCGCGGGCCGGCACCCACUUCGGCGGGCCGCGCGAAGUGACGAAAUAUUCUUUAUGAUUAUUAUUUUAUUAUUAGCUUUCGCCCCUGUCCUAUUAUCUUUUGGCCCGCACAAAUUUUUAAUAAAGUAUUACGGCCCGCACAAGUUUUUCAUAAAGUAUUACGGCCGCACAAGUUUUUCAUAAAGUAUUACGGCCCGCACAAGUUUUUUUCCAUUAAGUAUUACGGCCCGCACAAGUUUUUUUCCAUUAAGUAUUACGGCCUGCAGUACAAUUUGAGUUGUGCAGACCUGCUUCAGGUAACCACUUCAACUGAUUUUUUAAAUGUUUAUUUGUACUGCACACAUCAGUGGACACUCCCGACCCCUAUGUCAUACUGACCCUGGCCCAUUCCCCAUACUCUUGGAGGAAAACCACCGUCAAGGACAACGACAUCAACCCGGAGUGGCACGAGACUUUCACGUUCUGGUUGGAUCCGGACCAGGAACACACACUAGGUGAGUAGUCAUAAGUUGACGUUGAGACAGGUAGGUGCGCGGUUGAUGGGUGCCGCCAAGACAGGUAGGUGCACGGUUGACGGGUGCUGCCAUGACAGGUAGGUGCACGGUUGACGGGUGCCGCCAAGACAGGUAGGUGCACGGUUGACGGGUGCUGCCAUGACAGGUAGGUGCACGGUUGACGGGUGCCGCCAAGACAGGUAGGUGCACGGUUGCCGGGUGCUGCCAAUGUAGGUGCGCGGUUGUCGGGUGCUGGCAUGACAGGUAGGUGCACGGUUGUCGGGUGCUGCCAAGACAGGUAGGUGCACGGUUGACGGGUGCUGCCAAGACAGGUAGGUGCGCGGUUGACGGGUGCCGCCAAGACAGGUAGGUGCACGGUUGACGGGUGCCGCCAAGACAGGUAGGUGCGCGGUUGACGGGUGCCGUCAAGACUUGUAGUUGAGCAGGUGACCCGUCACGUCCAGACUAGAGUAGAUAACGGGCGAAGUCAAAGCAAGUAGGUGAGUAGUUAGGAAAUGAUUAUAAAAAGUAAGGUCAAACCUGAAAGAAAGGAACGCAACAAAAAAACGAGCGUGGCGACAGGAAACCUUCGUCAGCGAACAAACAACAGAAAACACAAUUUAGUAUCCGAGAGGGCAGCAAAAGAAUUGUGCUAGUGAGUAGUUGACGGGUGACAUCAAGGCAGAUCAUAGGACAGAUGAGUCACGAGAAAUAUGCAAACUGUUGACAGGUUGCGUUCAGUUCAGUUGAAAAGUUGACGAGGGGAGAAAGAUUAUCAGACAGCGUGAUCAUUGCUCAAAAAUUCAUUGCUUUUUGUUGAGGUAAUAGCUGUCUGGAAGUUCUGAAAAAUCAUUACACAUUAACAACCUCAUCAAAUAACUGAAGCUCAUUUUUCAUGGGGACAGUAAAAUACGACAUGUAUAUAUUUAUCAUUUACUCAAUAAAACGAUCUAUUAAUCGUCCUCAGGAUAACUGCCAAUGAUUAUUUGAUGUUUGUGUUACAACUAUUAUCAAAUUGUGAUUUAAAUACGUGCAAAGCGAUUGGAUAAUAUUAACGCAAUGGCAUCACAUCAGUUGUGGUUGAUCCGACAAUUUAUGUCAACAGUUUUCAAAUUGUAGUAAUUGCCCCAAGCCAUUCAGCUGGGCUAUUAAUUUUUAAACUGAGAAUCGGUGGUAUCGAAACCUCUUGCAUUCAUCUAAAGUAAUGCAAAUAAUUCAUUUAGAGCAUGGCGCUUUUCGUUUCAAAUACAAUCGUCACUUAAGUGGCUUAUUGCAAACAUCUCGCCAAGCCGAGUCAUGUCUCCAACAUUCUAUCUGCCUAUACAUGGCAUCUUGGGGCCGGCAACGAAUAAAGCUGUUUUGAUGUUCCGGUCUGGGCGUCUCAAUGGUUUGAUUGUCAGCUCCUCGCGAUUACAGAUUCUGAUUCAUUUUUAAUGUCUUGUUAUUCAAAAAUAUAGGAAAAAUAAUCCCCCCACAUUGCUGCAUGAUGUACCUGAAGACUUUAAAUGGAAGGCUGCACAGAUCCUAUUUUUUUGUUUUAUUUUGUUAUUGCUUGAUACAUUGGUACAUGAUGGCAAUUCGAUAACACGAAAAGCUAAUCUUUUUUUUUAAAGAAUGUUUUUUAUGAUGCGAUAGUGAAUAAGAGUUACUACACAAUGAAAAACAAAUAUAACAUAGCAGAUGUGUAUUAAAAUAUAUUUAACGUGUUUCUUUUGAUCAUUUAUAUUGAUCAGUGGUAAAUAAGUUUUAGAUUUUAAAAAAAAAAUUAAAAAAAAAAAAAAGGAACACAUUUUUUAUAUCUACUUCAGAUAUGUCUUUAAUGGAUGCCAAUUACACUGUAGAUGAGCACCUGGGUUCUGAAUCUCUCCCACUUAAACCACUACCCAUUGGCAAAAGAUUGACGAAAACCAUACACUUUAAUGAGGUCGGUGACAAACCAAAUCUGAAAUUGUAAUAUUCUCAAUUAUAUAACUAUUCUCAAGUAUGUAACUAUUAUCAGUUUUAUAACAAUUCUCAGUUAUAUAACUAUUGUCAAUUAUUUAAACAGAUAUAAAUUAUUUAUCUAUUCUUAAUUAACUAUUCUCAAUUAUUUUACUUGAAUUUCUUUAUGGUGUUGUUAUUUAUUGAGUAAUAUGUGUGGAAAAAUAUAUUGGAAUCACGCAGGUGCAAAAAAUAAUUGUAGCUAUUUUGUCAACAGACAUCAGAAAUCGAUAUAGAAGUCUGGGGAGAGAUAAAGUGAGUACCCCAUACACGUUAGACACAUGUCGAAUUCUGUACAAACUUAAAAAUGUCAUUACAAAGAUAUUCAAAGUCAAAGUCGCUUAAAUUAUCUAGAUGAGUGUUACAUAGCAUGUUGAAAGCGAUUGCAUACCUUAAUAAAUUACGUGUGGCUUCUGAUAUUUUGUUGCCGAACAUCUUGAUAUGACAAUGCAAUUAGCAAGGGAUGUUGGAAGCAGUUUGCAUAGCAUGUUGAAAGUGACUUGUAGGUGAGUCGUGGGUUUGCAAGUUAUAUAGUGAUUUGGAAAAUAGGACAGAUUAAUCUACAAUUAUUGAUUAAAUAACUUUAUUAUGGUUUGUGUGGAUGCUCAUGGAUGAAGAAUUCAUUAAAUAAACACCUUACAGUUUGUGUGUAUCUUAAGAUGAAUAAUUCAUUAAAUUACUAUCUUUUGUUUUGUGUGUCUGUUAAGAGAUGCAGAAAUCAUUAAAUAACUUCUUGUUAGAAUGUGUUAUUUUUAGGUUGUUUUUUUUUUUUAUUUUUUUUUUUUUUUUUUUUUUUUUUUUUUUUUUUUUUUUUUAAGACUUAAGCUAAAGUAUCUAUUCAAAAAAUAAUACUGUUCAAAAUAUUUUCUCAUAUUGUUUGAAAUAUAGUGAACAAGCUGAUCUUCGAUACAGUUUGACUUUGUGCAAUGAGGAGAAACAAUUUAUUGAUCUCAGAAAACGGAAAAUCCACAAAGCCAUGAAAAACCAUUAUGGUUUUGCAGCCCCUAAAAAUUACAAAGAGGUAAAAACAAAAAAACUUUAUUUUUUUUUCUGCAGGUACCAUUCCUGUAGGUACAAUUACUGUAAUUUGAAUAAAUUCUUCAAUUUAUUAGUAAUAGUAACUAUGCCUGUUGAAAAGACAAGCAUUAUUUGAAAUGUUUUCAUUUUAGAAUUAUAUAUUUUUCAAAAUGUUUGGAUUAACCUACACUAUUACUAGACCAAUUUGGGUUCAUUUAAAUGAGUUUAAUCACCAAAUUGAUUGUCGAUCAGGUUCCAGUUAUAGGUAUCAUAGGAUCUGGAGGAGGUUUCCGAGCCAUGAUUGCCUAUAGUGGUGUAAUGACAGCUCUAUCUGAGCUAGGUGUCAUAGACAUGGCCACAUAUAUUGGUGGACUCUCUGGCUCAGCUUGGUGAGUCACAUAAAACUGAUUCAAACUCUUUAUAUCUUUUUUCGAACAUUAAUUUAUUUACCGAAUUUCUGAUAUCUUUAUAAAUGUAUUAAAAAAUUUAAAAAAAACAACAAAAAAAACAUGUUUAUUUCAGGUAUUUGUCCCAGCUGUAUUCACAUUCAGACUGGCCAAACAUCACUCCAGGAGUACAGAGAGAGGAGGUCAAGAACAACAUUGACCAUAGCUUUCUCUGGUUAUUUAAGACGCAUGGCAUCGCCUUUGUCAAAGAAGUUUGGAAGAAGAGGAGCAGAGGAGAGCCGGUGUCUUUUACAGAUUUAUUUGGCCAUUUGGUCGGGAACACACUUUUAAAAAAUGUAAGUAGAAGGAAAAGGCACUAACAAUAAUGACAGAAAACAUUUCAAACAUAUGGGAGAGAAAAGUUUUCCGGAAAAUUUACGAAACAAAAAAGGAUGAAUAUGGAUGGAGAAUAUAAACCGACCAGGAAUUGUAUUGUUUAUAUCAGGAUCCCAGAUUAGUAAUAAAAAAUGGUAGGUUACGCUGGGCUGAAUACUUCUAAAGAAUGUCAAAUCACAGAGGAGUGAAGAGGGUGUACUACCAAAACCCCAGAGGAAAAUGGCUCAAAGGCAGCUGGGAAUCCACACAGAGGUGUAGCGAGGGGGGGGGCAGGGGGGACAGAUCUCCCCGGGCGCAAGCUAGUUAGGGGAGCUAAAAUGUGCUUUAAUAUUAUAUUAUUGGUAAAAAUAAUGGGUUUGAGAGUUGAAAAAAAGAAUAGGGGGCGCUUUAAAAUGGAUCUUGUCCCCGGGCGCGAAUCUUGUCCCCGGGUGCCAAACACCCUCGCUAUGCCUCUGAAUCCACGCAUGGAAAGGAAAAGCAUUAGUUAGGUCUGAGUAGAAAGAUGAGAUGAGGCUGACCAAACCCCUACAAGGGCUGUAGCACCACAGUGAUAGAUGGAUGGUCUGAGUUGAAGAAUGAGAUGGGGCAGACCAAAGCUCUACAUGUGCAGUAGCGCCACAGUGAUGGACACCACAGUGAUGGACGAAUAGAACAAAAGAGUAAAGAGUCUCUUGUCUUCACUAUUUUUAAUUCAAAAUUCAUACUUUUUAAAAAAUAAUUCCAUUCCAUUUGACUCUGUUAAAAAAAAAAAUAUUUUAAAAUGUGUGCUGUACAAAUGGUUGUUAACAAUAAAUCUGAGUUUGUAUCUUGUUGUUUUCAGCGACUUGAGACCAAACUUAGUGAUCAGCGUAAAGCUAUCAACAAUGGACAAUGUCCAAUGCCACUGUACACAUGCUUGCAUGUGAAGAAAUCAGUCUCAGCUAUGGUUUUUCAUGGUAGGUGUUUAAGCCUGGAAAUUAUUUGAAGUGCUGCUGGUUUUUAAAUUCUCUGGACAUAUUGUGAUUUUUUUUUUCUUUUUUAAAAUAUUAUUUAAUAUAUUUUGAAGCUUGAUCAUAUUGUGCUGUAGCAAAUGAAUAAAUUAAAAAAAUAUAAAUUCUUCAAUAUGUUUGAAACAACCAAAUACUGUUGGAAUAAUGAAAGCUGAUGUAGGAAAAUUACACAUUUUAUUUUGUAAUUUUAAGGUUCUUCACGCUGUUGGUUUUAUUUGCGUUAUCUAUAAACUUAAAUAUAAAUUAUUGGAGAAAAUAUCAAAUUUCAGAAUGGAUGGAAUUUUCCCCAUUUGAGGUAGGCUUGCCAAAGUACGGAACAUUUCUAAAAACAGAGCAGUUUUCCUGCAAGUUUUUCAUGGGAUGUAUAAUCAAAGAAUUCCCAGAACCUCCUUUACAUUUUCUCCAAGGUUAGUGAAUUUCUAUUUCACAUUUUCCUGUCUAGAGAUCCUCAAGUGAUUUUUUGUUUUUUUUUAAUUUAAAAAAAAGGCACAUUUUAAAUGGGUACAAGCAUCUUAAGAGAUCUAAAUGAUGCUCUGAUGGGAUUCAGUCUGAAUUACCACUAGCUCUAAUGUAAAUUUCAGGAAUAUGGGGCAGCGCCUUCUGUAUCCAGUUUAAACGUUUGCUGCAGGAUGACAAAAAUGUUGAUGCAGUCGAACUGAUGAGAAGAGAACGAGAGGAGCUAGGUAAGUAAAUUUAAAUUUUGGACCAUAUAAAUUUGGAAUUGUUGAAAGAUUUGCAUUCUGUUCAUAAAUGUAUUCAGAACUAAUUGAAAAAAAAAAUUUUUGCUUCAAGUCUUACAAUUCUUUUGCAGUUACAUAUAUCACAGUAUUCUUUGAUGAAUUUAGUGUGUUUAUAAUUAGCCUUUUAUAAUGAAUAUUCUCUAGUAGAGAAUUAAUUAUUUUUAUCUGUUAUCUAGAGGAAGAGCUGAAAAAGGAUAUGGAUGUUUGUGAUGUUGAUGAAAGUGAGUCAAGUGAUGAUGAAAAUCUACAAGAGAAAGGAACACAUGGAGAAAAAACAACAGGUAACUUACCUUACCAUGAAUGCAGGUUUUAUACCAUGAAUGCAGGUUUUCUACCAUGAAUGCAGGUUUUCUACCAUGAAUGCAGGCUUUCUACCAUGAAUUUAGACUUUCUACCUUGACUGAAGGCUUUUUACCAUGAAUGUAUGCUUUCUACCAUGAAUGUAGGCUCUAUACCAUAAAUAUAGGCUUUCUACCAUAAAUAUAGGCUUUAUGUCAUUUUAGUGACAUUUUUUCAAAAUAACUAAAACAUUAAGGAAUUUAUUUAUUUUUUUAUAGUUUUUCUUACCUAAAGAAUUUUUAAAAUUUAAAAGUGUGCUUUAGCUUAAGAUUAAAUUUAUCAAAUAUUUUUCUUUUAUCAAACAGUGCAUAGAUCUAUGGCAUCAAAUAGUCUUGUUUUGCUUUUUUGGAACCAAAUGCAAAUAUAUAUAGCAAAAAAACAAACAAUUUGUUUUGCUAUAUAUAUAUUUGCAUUUGGUUUUAGGUUAAUUUCCUAGCUAUGUAGUCAGCUGCUUGGUAAAUUAUCAUUCUGAGUUGAACUAUAUUCUAUUUUCCUCUUCCUAAAAUUUAUCAAGUUAAGUUGAAAAAUUUAAGUAAAAGUUAAAUUUGUCACAUUCUAAAACAGGUGGUUUACAGAGAAAGAGAUCUAAAAGUACAAAGUUAAAACAGAAGACAUUCUGGGAUUCUGUGGUCAGUAGAAUGAUGGAAUCAAGAUGGUUUCAGGUCAGUAACAUUUAGCAGAUUACUCAUUAAAAAAAAUUAACCUAUAAUUUUAAAAAUAUUUGAUUAAAUUCUCUAAAGAUAGCCUGUAACUCAAUCCUGCUUAUUUUAUUUUUUUAAAGAAGACCUGUAAUUCAAUCCUGCUAAACAUUUGAAAAUAAUCUCAGUUCAAUGCUGGUAUUUAAAAUCCUAAUAUUUUUACUAUGGUAAACUAAGAUUACAUUGUUAAUAAAAUCUUAUUAUAAUUAUCUACCUUUAAUUACUUUAAUUGCCUUAACUUCACUAUUUGUCUCAGACUUGUUUGCUUAACAAAAAAUAAAGCAACCCUCAAUGAUCUAAUUUUUUAAAUAUUAUUUUUUUUUUUAAAUUCUCAGAGUAUAGAAUUAAGAGCUGCCCAAAUUUUCAAUUUCAUGAGGGGCCUUUCCUUAAACAAUGUCUUUCCUUUCUCACCAUUCACUAAAACUCAAGAGGAGGAAAAUGAAAAUAAUAAAGGUAAAUAUUAUUGUUUUGUUUAUUCAAGUUGCAUUGCUUAACAUUUGUAGGAAGUGGUUUAAAUGAAAUGUUGAUUUCUUUGUAUUUUUUUUUUCUGUAUUUUUUUCAUUAACUUAAAAUAUAAUUUCAGAUGAUUUUAUUGUUUUUAGCAUGACUUUUAACAAAAUAGUUCAGAAUCUAAAUGAGUUGGGAAAGAAGACUGCAAGAGAUCAGAUGUUGAAAGGUAUUGGUAAUGGUCUAUGCAUUGGGAGUUGAAAAAAAGGCACACAAAAAAGUACAAAAUACUUUUAAUUCUAUUGCAUGGUAUUUAUAAGUGUUCAAUAAUUAGUGAAGACAUUAUCAUGUACAUACAUUUUUUCCACAGACACAUUUGGAGGUAUUUUUGACCUACACCCAACCCACAUAAAGAAACUUUAUGUUGUUGACAGUGGACUGACUUUCAAUUCACCAUAUCCAGUAUUGCUCCGCCCACAGAGGGAGGUGGAUAUCAUACUCUCAUUUGAUUUUAGUGCCAGACCAAGUGAUGACACGCCCCCUUUUAAGGUUUGUUAAAUUUAAUUUAAUUUUAAAUAUCUUCACUGAAUUAGUUCAUAAUUAUUAACAUUUGUUAAAAUUUUAAUAAACAUUGGCAAUAAAACAAAUACAUUAGCAAUAAAAUUGUGUAUAAAAUACUGGUAUAUAAAAUUAGAUUUUUCAACUUGAGCUUUAUUUAAGUAACCAAAACUCAACAUGUUUCUAAAUUAAUUAAACAAAGAUAUUUAAAUAUUUAUAAGAUAUAUUUAAUGAUAUAUAAAUAUUUAAAUGUAAAAAUAUAGGUAUUUUGUAAUCUUAUCUAAAGACUAUUUGAUGCAUCUAUUCAAACAGGAGCUCCUCCUAGCUGCCAAGUGGGCAGAGCUUAAUAAAGUGCCAUUCCCUCCCAUAGAUGUCAGUGUGGUACAGAAAGAGGGACUCAAGGAGUGCUAUGUGUUCAAACACCCCUGGGAUCCCAACUGUCCAAUAGUCUUACAUUUCUGUCUGGUUAACAUCAAUUUCAAAAGGGAGUUGAGACCAGGUACAUAGUGGUGAAUUUGAUAUAAAAAAACACAAAGAAAAUUAAACUAUUGAAAUUUAUCUAGAAUACCCUUGCUCGUUUAUUUGAAGGAAAAACAUCCUUUUUAAGACAUGACUCUUUUUAGUCAACCUUGGAGUAAAAUAAUUUUAAAAAAUAAAUGUGCUCGGUGACCGAGCCAUUUAAACUGACUCAAACUAAAUAGGUUGUGGUCUGGAGUUCAAUUCCCACCAAAGCCAACAUCCCAAGCACACCGGGUCGAUGGGACUCACUAGCCUUGGGCGGCAACUCAUCUAAGAGAAGGCAAUCUCUGAAUUCAAACCAGGAGUCAGAAUGAUCAAUAAAUUGAUUGUGGGCCCUCAAGUACAAGAAGAAGAAAUGUCCUCUCAGGCCAGUUAAAAAAAAAAGUGAAUCUUGUAAUAUGAAAAAUGGUAUGGUUUCUACUGCAAAAGCAUCAAUAGACUUCUGUACGAUCUCCUCACCUACCUUAAAUUAAAUCACACAUUAAGUAUCACAUAAUAAUAAUAUUUAGUUUUAGAUUAAGAUAAUCAGAUUAAAAAUUAUAUAUUACUUCCAGGUGUUCCCAGGACAACCCAGGCAGAGAUGGACUUUGCUAACUUUAGCAUAUUUGAUGAUCCAGCCAGACCGUAUUCAACAUUCAAGUUCACUUACACCAAACUGGAGUUUGAGCGUCUUUCAAAGUUGAUGGAAUACAACACUUUGCUGUGUAAGGACAUGAUUUUCGACAACAUCGGCACCUGCAUCAAAAGAAGGCGACGUUUUAGUAUUCGACGUCCGUGCAAGAGGAAGGAUAUUGCCAGGCUCAGUUUGAACAGCAAAAUUAAGGCUGAAAAACUUGCAGAAUACAUUGCUUAUGUGGAGAAGGUGUCCGGGCUCAGGGAAAAUGGUGAAAAGCCAGAAAAGGAAUCCAAAGAUGAGGAAGUAUAUGAUGAAACUGAUUUUGCCCCAACCAUUCGGGAUGCCCACGGAGGUAAAAUAAGACCCUUUAGUUCACCAGCUAGCUCACUGGAUGAGCUGGAUGACAACUCAGAUUGCAUGAAAGGUCCAGAGAGGAGGAUGAGGUUGACCUCGGAAAUGAGCCAGGUGCUAGAAGAAGGUGAUGACCUAGAAGAAAGCUCAAUGGCCACAAAUGGGCCAGGAAUCGGGAAAGGAACGUUGACCAGAUCGAGGCCUAUAAAACCUGAGAACUUGAAAGACAGUGUGGAUAGAAGAGCCUACAGAACAAUGAGUGAUGGUGCAAGUCUCUUAAAUGGAGGUGCCAAAACUAAGGGCUACAUUCAACCUAAUUCCAAAGUGAGUGAAUCGUACCUUUCUAAACAUUCUUCACAAAGUUCUCAAACGAAAUCAGAUGAUCCUAAAUCAGCCAGCGAUGAUAUAUCUGAUUCAAGUGGAUCAAAAACAAUGUCUGAUAGUGAUUUUAAUUCUCAUCUGGACAGCAUGAGUGAACAAUUUGGAGUGCUAGAGUCGGGGUUUUCAGCUCAAAACAGAAGAACCCUAGCCAGGAUGAACAAGGAGCACAACAGUUCUAGUGAAUCAAUUGAAAAAUUAGUUAAGGGAAAUGAUCAUUCAAUAGAAAAGCGGAACGACCAUUCCAAUGCAGCAACUGACCUUGUUGAAUGGAUUGAUGCUGCAGAUCGUGUAACAUUUCUGUAGACUGCAACACCACAACAGGGCCAUUGUGUGAAUUUUUUAAAAAUUCAAUAGGUCUUAAGUAGAUAAUUUAUUAAUCUAAAUACUUCUGAUUUCAUUAUUUUAGGUUCAGCAUCACAUUUGAAUCAAAAUUAAGACAUUUCAUUCAUCAGUGCAAAAUUUAGCUUAUUAAUAAAGAAGGGACCAAAAAAUUUAUAUUUUCAUAUUUCACCUUAAUUUAAAUGAUUUUCAUUCCGUGUUAGCUCAGUAUUGUAGAGCAUAGAAAGUAAUUUAUUCUGUCUCCCAUUUACGUAUUACUAGAAACUGAAUGUAACUGACAAUCAUCUCACUUUUCAUAUGUAGUCUACUUUGUAAUCAUUUCCUAACAUAUCUGUGAUAUUUGGAAUAGGAACAGCAAAUCCAUGUUGAGGUAGUUGGUAUGGAAUAUAUUACAAUUUACAAAUAAUUUUUUAAAAAUGCUUUGUUAAAAAUUGAUUUCUGCAUUCACCAGCCCUAGGCUGGGCGAAAACAAAUCUUUCUUAUACAUGGAAAGAAGAGAAAGCUUAUUAGAUUCGACUUUGAUAACAUUCGCAAUUUUUAAGUCUGCAACAUGCUGUAAAUAGAUUUUUUUAACCUUGAGUGUAAACAAUUUCUGUAUUUUUAAAUGAAGGGUAAAUAUGAAUGUUAUAGAAGAUUUUAUGAAUUAUAGAUAUGUGGCAACGUCAUCUAGGGUAUGAUUUUUAAUCCUUACAAGGAAAGUCAGCUUGAAAUAUAUGAAUCUUUAAAUCUAGUAGCCUACCAGACAUUAAUUUAAAAAGCCACAACCCAUCUCAUCCAAGUUGUGAGGAUACUCUAACCUGGUCUGUCUGCCCAUCAUUUUUGUAAAAAGUAUUUAAUAAGACUUUACUAUGAUGGCAAAGUUAUAUAUUAUCUCAAUAGCAGCCAAAAAAAUAAAAAUUAAAUUCAUCCUCAGACCAAUUUUAGUAACUUGACAAGACCUUCUUGAAUACAGUAUUAUCAAAAAAAUUGAUAGAUGUGUCCAUCCAUGAAAUGCACAGUGUUGCCUUGUUACUGACGUCUCAAUUACACAAUUGAAGGGCCUUAUUAUCUGACAGGCCAUUUUAAAUGUAUUUGGCCAACUUAUUUGUCAUUGUGAAAAGAUAUGAUAGUAUGUAGGCCUAUUAUUUGGUUCACAAUCCACUUUUAAAUGUAUUAUUGUUUUUCUUAUUAAGUUAGAUAAAUUUUUUAGAUAGCAUAUUUUAAGUGUUAAAACAAUCCACUUUUAAAUUUAUUAAUUUUUCUCAAAUUAGCAUAUUUUUUUAAACUGAAAUGCUUAAGUGUUUUAAAACAUUGACUCAUCUCACAGAAAUCACUUGGAUCAUUCUUUUUUUAAUGUUCAUUGUUAGUCACAGUUUUAUAUUUUAAUAAUUUUAUGGCAUAAUAUGAUUGCUUAAUUUGUUAAUGAUUUUAAAUAAGUUUCCUAAAAAGUUUAUGUACCCAUCUUGAAGACUGUGCCAAAAUUAAAUAAUUAAAAAAAUUGUUUGGCAUUGUAGCAACUUUGACGACAUAAUGUAUAAAUAUAUUAUCUACAGCAUUUCUUAAGUUCAAAAUAAUUUAUUCAUGUUGCUUUUUCAAUAUCAAUUUUUUUUUAAACUUUAUGAAAUUAUACUCAAUAAAUUUUUUUCAGGAUCCCAAACUUAUAGGUAGAUGUAGAACUUAAAAGUUUUGAUAAAACUGUCUAUUACCAGGUACAAACAUGGCAUAAACUGAAAUAUUUUUAAAAGAAGGCCUAUUUUAAAUAUUUAUAUUGUAAUUCUUAAAAAAAAAUGAAAAUUUAUGUGAAAAAUCGACACAGCAAUUUCAAAGUCUUGCCUAUACCUAGAAGGCUUGGUGUCAGUCUUAAAUAUGUACUUUGUUCAUGGUAUUGAAAAAAUGUAUAUAUUUUUACAGUGGGUUGAUGCAUAUAAAAAAUAAAUAUUAUUUACAUAAUUUUUUUUAAAAAUAAAAAACAGUCUGUGUUUAAUUAUGUUCGUAUGAAG